AUUUAAUGCAAUUACGGGUCUUUCUCACAAGAUAAUUUAAAGAAAAGAUUAUAAUUGCAAUGGUUUUAUAGACCUUAAUGGUUUUUAUCUUUUUUUUUUUACACAUCCAACUACUUGUACUUAGUUGUUAUUAAGAGAAUUACCUCACGUAAAAAAUCGGGCCAAUGCCAAAUUUUUCUCUUGAAUUUAAAGCGUAUUGAUCUAACCUUCACUAAUUUCGGCCGAAUUUAGUAAUUUAGUGUGAUGAAGAAGUGACGCAGACACAAUGCAAUCAGUUCAAAGAAGAAUAAAACUUUUUGACGUCGCCGCGCUUCAUUGAUGUAGGUGAAACUAGUAUAAAACCAGGUGGAUUCUUCAUUCAAUCAUCAUCAUCUCCUCAAGCAUCAGUUUGAUCAGAUCUCACUUUUCACUCCCCAAUCUUUCAAUUCAAGACAAUGGCUUACAGAUCAAUUGCAAAACUCGCCUUGCUCCUCGUCUCCCUCCAUACGGUCGCUUCGCAAGAAAUAAAAUGCCCGCAGAAACCGACCGAAAUCGAGCUAACUGUUCGCGGCGUCCGCAACGCCACUGGUCACUGGAGCAAGGACGUCAGCAUGGAUUUUGAUGGACCGAAUUCUCCCGAGCAAUGGUUCAUUGACUUCAAAGAAAGGGUGAACACCAAGGAAAUGUAUUCUUUCACUGCCUCUGCCAAAAUAGAAGGUUUGAUUUUGGAAAACUCUCGCGUGAAGCAACUCCUUAAGUACGUGUACCGUGGCGACAUCCGAAAUUUCACCGACGCCAGCGCAACCUGCGAAGAGUUGGGCGCGCACUUAGCGAUUAUCAACAAUGAACAGGAGGCGGCGUAUUUGGGCCGAUUGUCCAAAAUCAGCAAAAGUCCCACAUUCAGGACCAACUACGCUUUCGUCGGGUUUUCAUAUGAUUUCAACACCAACGACUGGAUGACCGUUGAAGGAAAAAGUUUGGAGGCGACCGGCUUUGCUAAAUGGGAUCUGGGACAGCCAAGCAACUCGAGUUUCAUAUUACCAAACGGCACACGUGCUUACGAGAACUGCGGCUCCGUGGGUCUGGACGGUCUGCUUAAUGAUAGCCCCUGCGAAACCCGACUCCCCUUCAUUUGCGAAUUCUUAGAUGAAGAGGACCCUUGUCAAAUAACGAUCUAGAAAACCUGAUCUUUUCAACCAACGUAAAAAAGAAGACACACUAGUUAGCCAUCCUACCAGGUGGACUGUCGAUAGUGUCGAUGUUUUCAUAAUUCAUCUUGAAACAAUUAUUUUGUAUUAAUUUAUUUUUUUGUAAAAGUGACGCAUCUUAUUCAAAAAGCAGGUCUUUGCCACGAAAACCUUCGUCACUGUUUCCCAACAAAAAUCACUUUGAACGAUGGCAGGCGGGGGAAUAAAUGCCCAUUAUUUAGGCAUUUAUGGGGUUGCGACCUCUUAAAAGCUUCGGCUCUGCACAUAAGACCAUCGCAGCACGCUUCCUUUUUGAAUAGAUGAUGUCAUUGCGCGUUUAAAUAUUUAAUAACAUGUGAAAUGUAUUUCGUUUUCCUGAAUAAAAAGUUCUUAAAUUUCAA